CUCUUACUCCCUCGAACACAUGUGCUUGCACUCUCUCUCUCUCCUCUGUGUCUCCUCAUCGGAUCAGCGGAGCACAGGAGGUGAUUGCAGCCACUUGAUUUAUUAGUCAUCGCUGGUUGUUGGAACAAGCUAAUUAAAAGGAGCGUGAGCGUGUGUUUGUGUGUGUGUGUGUGCGUGUGUAUUUGUGUGUAAGAUCUGGAGACCGACGCUGCUGCUGCUGCUUCUUCUGCUGCUGUUGCUGCCGUCCCCUUCAUCAGCUCUCUCACGCUUUGCUGUGGAGCAGGCGAGAGGAGAGGAGAGAGAAGAGGAAGAAGAGGAAGAGAAGGAGGAGAAAGAGAGAAGGGACAGACACCUGGGUGGAAGGACAUUUUCACACCACUUCCCCUCAUCAUCUCUUCUGACAUGGCCACCGCUUAGGAAUCUGGUGCCGUGGCAACCAUCAGAUCCAAGGAUAAGGAGGCAGAAAGUUGGGCCUGUUCAGGGGGAUGUUCAAAGAAACAAAGAGAGGGAUGGCCGUGGAGGAGAAGCCGGGCGUGAAGAGCAGCAGCUCCAUCGUUCCCUGCUUCCUGUUUGUGGAGCUGGUGAUCAUGGCUGGGACGGUGCUGCUGGCUUACUACUUUGAGUACACGGACACCUUCCCCGUGCACAUCCAGGGCUUCUUCUGUUACGACAAGACCUUCUCUAAGCCCUACCCUGGUCCGGAUGAUACCAGCAAGAUCCCUCCGGUGCUCAUCUACUCGCUCGUCACAGCCAUCCCUACCCUCACGAUUCUUGUUGGAGAGCUGUGCGCCUUCUUCACCAAGGCAGAGGGAACCCAGGAGAAGACCAUUGUGACUGCAGACUGCUGCUACUUCAACCCCUUACUGAGACGCAUAAUACGCUUCUUGGGUGUUUAUGCCUUUGGUCUAUUCACCACGACCAUUUUCGCCAAUGCCGGCCAGGUGGUGACAGGAAACCAGACGCCUCACUUCCUGUCUGCCUGCCGACCAAACUACACAGCAUUAGGCUGCCAGUCCACGAUGCAGUACAUCACAGAGCGCCGGGCCUGCACAGGCAACCCACUGAUUGUCAUGUCUGCACGUAAAUCCUUCCCAUCUAAGGAUGCAGCACUCAGCGUCUACUCAGCAGUGUACACAGUGAUGUACGUGACACUGGUGUUCAAAACCAAAGGCACGCGGCUCACCAAGCCCACUAUCAGCCUCACGCUGCUUUGUCUCGCCAUGCUAGUCGGUGUGGUCAGAGUGGCUGAGUACCGCAACCACUGGGCUGAUGUCCUGGCGGGAUUCUUCACUGGGGGAGCCAUCGCUGUGUUUUUGGUGACUUGUGUGAUUAACAGCUUCCAGCAGCUGCAGCCCGGUCUUCCUCCACCGCGACCCCAACGUCCCGAGUCAAUGCUGGGCAUGCCGAUGGUGACACUGCCCUCCGUGGAGAGUCCACUCGAAAAGUUAAGUGGCCCUCAGACUCCGCGGGGAUCUCCGUUCACCGAGAUCACAUGACCAUCAGCCCUAUCGGUUCCCCGCCACCCCCGAUGUCCUCAUACCGUCUCGCUCCAUUUCCAGCGAAGUCUAGACCAGUCGGAGCAGCACUCGCCGCAAUGCGCCGCCCAUCCGGCUGGGCGGUACGCAACGUUGCACCGCUCCUAUUCCACGCAGGUCUAGACCCCCCCACCCCUCCUAAUACAUGAUACACAGCACACACAUCCCCCGUUGCCCUCUCAACCCCCGGGGAACCGAUAGGCAAACUCUUCAAAGACUUUCUCUUUGUUGGAAUACAAGUAAAGUAAAGCUCUGAACAAUAAGUACAGAGUCAGGUACAUCUUAUUUUUCUUUCCUUUUUUUCAUGUUGAAAAAUGUAACUAAUUUUUUUAUAUGUAUAUAAACUCAAUCACACGAAGCUCACUUUCAUCAGCGGUGGUUUGCUCUGUUACGAAAACGAAAUCAAACGGUGACCACUGAGAAUGUCCGCCGCUUCUUUUUCUCCAACCGUACGAGCGCACACCUGUUUGAGGAAAGAACCCGAAAGGUGAUGGUGAGCUCUCAGGACGCGGCUUUGACGUGCGCCGUGUUGGACCAAAGAAACCCACCUGAGGAAAUGUGUGCUGCUGAGAAUUACCCGUACAAAACAUCCUUUUAGCAAGCCAUAUGAACACACAAACAAACACACUUGCUCUCCUUAUUUCAUCCCAUGCACGUGCACAUAGACACAAGCACCCGCACACAGACACACGCAUAAGCACCCACCAGGGUUGAGUAGCAGUGCCCUAGUCAGCUUCGCAUGAGGUUUCCCAGGGUCAAAGGAUCCGUUUCUUAUCCUUCAGCAGAAGCACCAGACAAAAGCAAACAGGAUGAAGGUACAGACAUCUUCACUUGGCUAUCAACUUUGUGUUUUCCUUCGCUCUCAGAUGGUUGCAAUUUUGCCAAAACCUAAUGUGAAACAGAAACACACAUUGGAUGAGACAAAUCCAAGCUCCCGAAUGCAGGUGGCACAACAGUGAGCCAAAUUAAGUGCAUCACAUUCAGGAGCAAAUAUUUGUUUUUUGCUUGGGUUUUUUUGUAUUCUUUUGCGAAAAGGAGCCUUCAUACAGGAAACUUCUCUGUGAUGCCAACUGACUUUAAAAAAAUGUCUCUUUCAUUUAACUGUGGGACAGCAUCGCUCAUCCUGAAGUGGCGUCUCCUUUGCUGCGGACUGGCUGCGUCGUGUAAUUACUGUGAUUUAUUUCUGAGAUUUUAUUGAUAUAUUGAUUUACUGACGUUUGUGUAUAUACGGCGUGGUUGCCAUAAGCGCUCCGUGUGGCGUGACAGUUUUGCUGAUUUUGAUUUGCACACUCCCUCACGAUCCACUUUUGUCUUUUGUUCUCUUCAUUUGCCUUUGUUCGUUUUUCCUUUCUUUACAAAUGCAUUUUGUUUUUUACAUUCUCCAUUUAUCUCUCUUCUCUGUGGCGUCUGUAUCUAGGCUAAUAUGCCAUCACUGUGCUGUGAAAUGUUUCCCUCUGCUGGACAAACACACACACACACACACACACACACACACAAAGCACAGAAGACCUCGUUUUACAGAGCACAUGUAAAUCAAUUCUAACAUAUUUGAAAGCAUACACAUGCACAAGCACACUUAUACCCCCUACUUGUUACUGUACUUUCCUUCUCCCCUUCCCCACUUUCCAACACCGAACCUGUAAGAUAUUGUACAUAGCACUUUUUUCUAUUGAGAGUGUGAUUUUUACACGAGCAUCACCAACACUCUGUGUGGCGAUUGAAGGAAAAUCUUGUUUUUGUUACAAUGAUGGAGAAUUCGUGUAGACGUGCUGAACCACUCUGACCCAUCAGUUGGAAAGCACUCAGAUGACUCACUUUUUGUUUCAAUUUGCUGCGUCUGCCUGUUGGACUGAAUAAAGCUGGAUUGGAAAAGUCAUUACUCUGACAUCAGACACUAUGUGAUCCUGACCUUCUUAGUUUUAUGAGGCCAUUUUCACUUUCCUUUUUUCAUGCUUUGAUCAUCCAUCCAUCCAUCCAUCCAUCCUCUACUUUUCAGUUGUGAUGGGGCAAGAGUGAGGUUACAUCACGGACAGGUCAACAGUUUAUAGUGGGGCAAUAAAUUUAAAGCAUAGAUAUCUAAACACCCUAAGAGAUCUAUUUUUCCUUUUUUAAGGCAAUAGGUCAAGCUGUGAACACACAUUUCACAAAUUAUUGCAUUGUAGUUAGCAUUAAUACUUUAUCUAACAGCUUUCACAUCCAACUUAACAGAUUAAGAGCUUUAAUUUGAUGAAUAGUGUAAUAUUAAUGAUGAAUGGGCAUAUUUUCUAUUUUAGUUGUUCUACUAUGUUCUACUAUGAUCACCAGCCAGCUGCUAACUUUGUCUGUCUGCUGUCUACUUGGACCAGUUUUACAGUUACCAGAGGUUUCCCCACUGAAGGGAGCUUCCUGCUCUUAAGUCUUAAUUAUCUAGCAUAAAGUGAGACUCAUUCAUGAUACCAGCAGAUCAGCUGAUCCUCAUGCUAUUCCACAUUAGCUGAUCCGACUUAUGCUAUUUGAGUUGGUGUAGCCUGUCUGCAGUUAAUGCACUUCUGCAAGCUGCUUUGCAACCCACCUUGAUCACUACCCCUUCUCGAAUGCUCUAUCUGACUUCAUCAAUGUCAUGUCUAUUGUGUAAUAAAGCAGCAAGGUCCCAGAAAAGAAUAAUUGUUGCAGAUGGAAAUGAGAAGCUUCAUAGGGGCAGGGAUAGCUCAGUAGGUAGAGGUGUGGCCCCAUGAUCUGAAGGUCGAGGGUUCGAAUCCACUGAACGGCUACCCUGAGGUACCCCUGAGCAAGGUACCGUCCCUACACACUGCUCCCUGGGCGCCCAAUGGCUGCCCACUGCUUCACUGAGUGAGUGGGUUAAAUGCAGAGAGGAUUUUCCCCACAGGGAUCAAUAAAGUAUACAUUAUUAUUAUCUGACUAUAGCAAUGUUUUGAAGUCAUGUAAAGCUGCAGGUCACAAAACCAGAAUAAAAACCUAUAACAUGCUUAAAAGGCUUCAUAUCGCUGAGAAGCAGAGCUGGGUGAUAAUUCUCCAGGCAUGUAUCGCUUUUGGUUCCCCAUUCAUGUGGAUGUAAGUUAAAGAUGGCCCAAUUUUCUGAUGAUAGGCCUGUGUUGUAAACAUGUGCCUCUCUGGCUAAUCAUUAGCAUUAUAACAUUAGUGAUAAUACGUCAUCAGACCUCGUGACAGCAACUAAAUCCUCCAUCAGCCUACAUAUCUUUAAGUUUUUUGUUAACAUUCCUUACGAACGCUCCACUCACACUCUAUGUGGCUGUCAUAGGUAUCAUUUUGGAAAUUAAAACAAAAAGAACAUAACUUCUCUUCAUGUUAUUUUUUUUUAAUUGUGCUCAGCUAAAUAAAAAUGACCAUCUUUUGGAGAUCCAAAUCUAGCACUCAGUAGAUUUUAUUUUUCAUUAUAGCUUCUACUUAACCAAAAGCAUGUGUUUGACCAUUGAGAAUAUGUGCUAAACUAACCUUAUAUAGUUCCCUGAUGGAUGCUAAGCUUCAUUAUCAUCAGCAUCUUGUACUUGUGAGAGGUUUGAUUUCACUGAAAAAAUAAAUAAAUAAAUAAUCAAAACUGUGACAUUUUGAUGGCUCAGAGAGCCAGGGCUACUUAUACCACAUACUGUACCUGCAACUUUGUGAAGCUGAGUCAGACAUGUGACCUUUGCUGCAUGAUGGCCCCUUUGUUUCAUGUGUUUCCUCAUUUCUUUCCAGUCUUCAAUGUCCCAGUGAAGCAGAAAUGCCUUAAGAUAAUCUUGAUGACGAAAUGUAACGAAAGUGUUUUCUAAGCAGUGACUGGCUGUAAUUUCAUUUGCAAGUGCGAGUUUGUCAUUUGUCCAAAUUCUCUGUGAAUCCUCUGUGAUCCCAAAUGCACAAAUGAGACACAAACAAACAUGAAAGGUAAACACGCCCGCCACGAAGACUCGGAUUCUCCACCGGCUCGACUGUCGUCGCCGCAGCUUUACUUUCCUGUAAAGUCUUCGGUAACACAUGUUUAAAAAUCAAACAACAAACACGCUGCAGUUGACUGACAUGUGAAUAAAAAGCACCAGUUCUCCUUCAGAUCUGCUACUCAGAGGCAGGACCGUGUUUCCUUUGAUCCUGAUGCAGCAAACCUUCUGUUUUUGUAAAGAUUUGUGUGAUGAGAACAAUAAA